UCCUGUGUCCUUCUCCCAGGUUCCAGGUCACGCACACAAGCAUGUCAGCUCAGAUGUUCGAGGGGAGAGGGCAUGCAGCUGUCUACCAGAAAUACCGUUUUGCACCAGGCAAAGAGCUGCAGAAAACCAUCCUCACCUACCUGCAAGAGAAGAGAGCAAGCCCUGCUGAGCUGGUGGUGGAUGUUGGCUGUGGGUCUGGACAAGGCACCCAAUUCCUUGCGGAGCACUUCAAGAAAGUGGUGGGAACAGACAUCAGUGAAGCACAGAUCCAGGAGGCCAAGGAUGCCCUCUCCAUGCCAAACAUCUCCUACCUGGUGUGCCCUGCAGAGGAGCUGCCCUUUGAGGAUGCUUCGGUGGACAUCCUGACUUCAUUUGCAGCUGCACAUUGGUUUGAUAUCGAGAAGUUCAUGAAAGAAGCAAACAGAGUGCUUAAGCCAGGUGGUUGUGUGACCAUCAGCACCUAUACUGUGGACAUGAGUGUUUGUUAUGGGAACUACUCCGAAAAGCUGACCAAGAUCUUCAGGGAGUGCUGGGACACAAUUUUAAAAUACUCACACAGUAGGAUAAAAUACGUCUUAGACGACUACAAAACGAUCUUUGAGGCCUUGCCAUUUCCAGACAAGAAGAGAAUCACUGAUAUCUUUGACAACAUUCCCAUGACAGUUGCUGGUGUGAUUGGUUAUAUGGAGUCUACCUCUUCGUAUCAAGUUUUUCUGAAGAAUGACCCUGAAGCUGCAAAAUCUCUCCUCCAGGAGACUGAAAAGAGGAUGCUGGAAACAAUGGGAAUUAAUUCACCUGAAACCCCAGUGGAGUUUCGUGUGAGGCACGUCUGUGUGCUGGGGUGCAAAGGAAAAUGAGAACAAACACUUCUGCUGGUCUGGUGCUGGGUGGAAGGAGAAAGUGGCUUGUCCCACUUUUAAUCACUUAUAUUCCUUGGGAAGAUUGAUGAUG